AGCAGUUUAUGACGACUCUGGUUGGACCGUAAUGACCGCACGCUUCCGGUUGCCUGCAGGCAGAUCCUACAAUGUCCGGACGACGGAGCUGGCACGCGACAGGCAGCGCACCGAGGUGGUCUGCAACGUUUUUCUUUUGGACAACACUGUCCAGCCUUUUAAAGUCAAUAAGCACGAUCAAGGACAGAUCCUACUGGACGCUGUCUUUAAGCACCUGGAGCUGACCGAGAGAGACUAUUUUGGGUUGCACCUGGCCAACGACGACUCUGAUAGUCCGAGGUGGCUGGAUCCAAAUAAACCCAUAAGGAAGCAAUUAAAAAGGGGCUCUCCACAUCAUCUGAACUUCCGGGUGAAAUUUUUUGUGAGUGACCCCAACAAACUUCAGGAAGAAUACACACGGUACCAGUAUUUUUUACAGAUUAAGCAGGACAUACUCAGUGGAAGGUGAGCUGGAUCAUGUGUGGCUGUUUUUAAC